GCCCUAGUCGUAAACUACAUAGGUAUAUAGCCUAUAUGCGAGUAACACUCCAAAAACGCUCACGGUGCCGGCGCCAAACUCAUAAGCAAAUUAGAACCUCUGGAAUCUGGAACCUCUCAUAUGUGAUACGCAAAGCUCGAAUUGCAGAAGCUCGUUCCAGUUGUAGAAAUGUUGAGAAUUAAAACGGCAAAAACACACAGAGGUAGACGAGAGCUUGAGAAACGAGCACCAAAACUUGUGGAAGGUCAGAAGAAGACACUGAUUCUUCAUGGUACAAAGACAAGUAAUGUACUUAAUUCAGUUUUAACUGAACUUUAUCUUCUUAAGAAGGAAAGUUCGGUGAAGUACACUAGGAAGAAUGAUAAAAUUCGGCCUUUCGAAGCUGGGGGUGAAACUAAUUUGGAGUUCUUUUCUCAGAAGACUGAUUGUUCACUCUUUUUGUUUGGUUCUCACUCAAAAAAACGGCCAGACAAUCUUGUUAUUGGGCGUUUUUAUGAUCACCACGUUUAUGAUCUGGUAGAAGUUGGGGUUGAGAAUUUUAGGUCGCUCCAAUCUUUCUCAUAUGAUAAAAAGAUUGUUCCGAAGUUGGGGUCCAAACCUCUCAUAGCUUUCAUUGGUGAAGGAUUUGAGAAUGUUGACGAGCUGAAGCAUUUAAAGGAGGUUCUCUUAGAUCUGUUAAGAGGAGAGGUAGUUGAGAAUUUGAAUAUUGCCGGAGUGGAUCGUAUCUACGUAUGCACUGCUGUUUCUUCAAAUAAGGUGUACCUCACUCACUGUGCAUUGAGGCUAAAGAAAUCUGGAACUGUUGUUCCAAGAAUGGAAUUGGUUGAAGUUGGCCCUUCUAUGGAUUUGGUAGUCAGGCGACAUCGUCUUCCUAAUGAAGGCUUGAGGAAAGAAGCUAUGAAGACUUCCCCUGAUCACACAAAAAAGAAGCUCAAAAAUGUCAAAGGAGAUCCAUUACUGGGCAAGACAGGAAAGAUCUAUAUGCCAGAUCAGAAGCUUGGAGAAAUGGCCCUUCCUUACAAACCGAAGGGAGUGAAGAGGGAACGCCGAGAAGCCAAGAUGAACAAGGGCUCGAUGACUCAUGUUUCAAAAAAACAGAAAGGCGAAGAGUCUACUUGAUAUGUUUUCAUGCUCGCACAAUUUUGACUUGUAAUACUAAUUAUUCAAGCUCUAAUUCAAAGACAUUACUUUUGGACUUCCAAGUCUUUUCAA